UAUCCAAGGAAUACUCUGUAAGUUACUUCAUGAUUUGUUUGAUGAAGUAAACUGUAUAAUAAUUUCAGCAUCAGGACUUUGGCUUACAAUUGUUGGCAGGGCUACGCCUAUUUUACUGCUUGCUUGCUGUAAUUUACUGCCUUUUGCAAAACAAAAAUAAGAUCUAUCAUUCCUAGUCUAAAAGUUCCAGAAGUGAGUAACUUAAUCAUAAAAUGAAUACAGACAUAAACCUUGUAACUUCAUGCGAAUUUAGAGGGAGAGAGUAUGUUGUUAGUCUCAGAACUGUGAAGCAACCUGAAACAAUUGAAGUCAAAGUUACCGAUAAAAAAACAUCUGAAGAAUGGAUAGGUUCCUACAUUGCUUCCUAUAUUGAAAACCUCACUCUCAAAACUGGAAACUAUAAACGGUUUGAUACAUUCAUAUCAAUGUUAAAGUCAGCCCUUUUGAGCACUAGUCAUUGUGUCACUUUGGAUUUAUUGAAGUUUGAGGACCUUGAAAUGUUAAGAAGCAGAUCAACUCAACCCAGAAGUUUUAGUGUACAUACAACUCAGAUAUUAGCUUCGUCAACAAACAAUAGGCGCUAUCUCAUGGUUACAUACACAGUUGAGUUUGAUCGAAUUCACUAUCCCUUAGCUCUAGAGUAUUGUGGACCUCCUGAUCCAAGAGUUCUUCAAGAAACAAUUGAAAGACUUGAGAAGCAGGUUGCUGAAUUGCAAUUCCAACUUGUGAAUAAUGAUUAUGCUAACAUAAAGAGCGAAAUAGAUGCUUUGCAAAAAAGGGUUGUUAAUAUUACUACAGAGAAUGUUUCGUUAAAGGAACAAAUUAAAAAAUUGACAUCUUUAAAAAUAAACAAAGAUUGUCAUAAGGAAAUAUAUGCUUUACAGAACCAUAUAAAUGAGCUGGAAGAUAAACUCCAUUUUGAGAAGUCUGUUGUAGAUAAGUUAAAAAAAGAUAAUAUUUUAUUAGCAUCCCAACUAGAAGACAUCAUAAGAUCAGAAAACCAUUUGCAAGAUCCAAUUAAUAGGUCAAGGAUUACAAAUGUUAAUCCUCUCUAUCAGUUGUACACAAAAAAAAGUAAUAUGAUUUCUCCAAAAAGAAAGUGCCGUACUAUGAGCUGUGCAGAAAAGCCCUUUAAUAGAAGUAGACCUGUAUCAAAAGAAAGAAAAGCACAUUCUGCCAGAAGUUUUAGGGAUGUAACAUGCAGUUCAAGUGAUGAAUCUGCUUUAGGUAGAGCUAAAAGAGAGAGAUUGAAAAGACCCUUCACCCCAACAAGGAAUCGAGCUUCAUCACCUAGCUUUUCAGAUCUUUCACACAAUUCAGAACUAAGUCGUUGUGCUUGUAAGAAUUGUCUUCAUGACAAAUUUUCCAAAAAAGAUGAGACUUUCAAUUACAGAUUCAAGGGUAAAACUGGGGAAAGAGCUAAACUAUUGAAACGAAUCCAGAGUUUGGAGAAAUUAAUAAGUGGAAUUGUCCUUAAUUAA